CAGCCGCACGAAACGCCUGGCAUCUCCACAUUUGAGUCAUGUGUGGACCAGUCGUGUUCUCUUUUUCCUUCACCUAAGUAUCAACACAAUCCAAGUUAUAGGAUGGCAGGUUCAACUAGUAGAUUAGACUUCAUUGAUAUUGAUUCCAUGCCACUUGGCACUCCUAACGGCAGUGCUACUGGCAGUAGUGACACUCAGAAUUCCUUGGCACCGGGUACUGCAACCGCCUCUGCGCCACGCCGGCGGACAGUACCACGAAAAGGUCAUACCAAGUCGCGAAAAGGAUGCCAUCGGUGCAAGAGUCGAAAAGUCAAGUGUUCAGAACAAAAGCCGGAUUGCCUACAGUGCCAGAGGCUGGGCUAUCAAUGCAGGUACACUGACCCGAACGAACAACCUGCACGCCCAACACCUUCCGUACCGGUACGCUCAACGGCAGGGAUAUUUCAUUUGGAAGAUUUGAGGUUCUUUCAUCAUUUUAUGGUGACAGCAUAUCCCACAUUGCCGCUUGGCCAUGCAACGGUUUGGCGCGAGACGGCAGCUGUGGCGCAUGGCUAUGGUUUUCUGGCCCAUUCAAUACUUGGUCUCGCAGCGACACAUCUUACCAAUUCCGCCAACACCGACUUCUCUGCCCAAGCACUGAAUCAUAGAGUGAUAGCGAUACGUCUCGUGAAUGAGAGAUUAUGUGACCCUAUUCAAGAUAUUGCGAUAGGAAAUGCAGUAUAUGCCGCACUAAUGUGUCUUACACAGCAGACACUAUAUAUGAAGGAUGCGAUGGUUGAAUUCCUCACCAUCAAGAGGGGCUGUCGCAUUGUAGGCGGAAGCCUUCUCCCAUCACUCGAGGGCGAACCGGCAUUUAAACCAUACACGUCUAGUGGUCAUGCUGCUGAUAUGCGCAAGGUGAUUAAGAAACAGGGCGAACCGGUUAAGGAUAUUGCCUUGUUCGACGCGUUUGAGGACUCUGUGCUUCAGCUUGAGCCGCUGUGUACAAGAGAUACGGAGGUCAAUUAUCACGCCGAAUUGAAGAACGUAAUUAACAUCGCACGGAUCUCGUCGGCUGAUGCGUGGGAGACAUUCACAGGUCUUUCCCUGCAUACUGAACAGAUGAACGAGGAAGAGUUUGCCUCGUUCGUCUCUCCUCAAAACUGGACCGCACAAUUACUCCUCGUGCAUUUCUUCCUCGUUGACUUCUUGCUGGGCGAGUUCGUGAUACGCCCAAAUCAUAGUGCUUUUCGGCGGACGCGAAAGAAAGUUAUAUUAUCCUGGAUCGACAACAUUGAUCAAGGACUUCCGACCAACCACGCAAAGUAUAUGUCUUGGCCAAGAUCGUUUUGCAGUCUACUGAAGGAUUUGGAUUCGUCCGUUUUGCGGGCGACAUGGAUACCACCCAGCGGCUUGGGGCAAGUCGAGAUUGUUUCACCUUAUUCAGAAGACAAUGAGAGAAUAAUGAAUAGAUGAUGUAACCAUUGAGACUUUUGGGUGCCAUUACUGGCAGUACUUGUUGGUUAUUGAAUCAUUACUCUCUGCAAAAUAACAUGUUCAAAUUUAAGACUGCAC